UAUCAUUACGCUUUAAUUUUACAAUUUACAUUAACUUAAAUAAAUAAUUUACUAAUUUAUAUUUAUUUCUUAUGGCGCAUGUCAUUCUUGGGCAAAUGUUGCCGGAUGGUGUGCUAUGUUUCGCGCACCAACUCUAAUUUGUUAUUAAAUGAGAGGAUUUAUUAAAUAUAAUGACUCUCAAUAUGUUAUGUACUACAUUUCGAAGACUAGCUAUUAAUCCACGUGGUACUUUUCCUGUAAGAUGUUAUUUUAAACACGAAGCUAUUUUAAACAAGGAAAAAAAUAUUAUCCCAUUAUAUCGAAACAAUAAUGACGAUAUAUAUAAAACUAAUUUAUAUUUUAAUAUAAAAUUUGCACCAAGAACAUUAAAUAUUGAUUUUGAAUUACCUGUGAAUAAUGAUAUAUAUAAAAGUAUCAUUGAUAUACCUAUUACAGGAAUAUCUAAAAUAGAAAAUCCAAAUAGAUAUUUACCUAUUCAUCAUGAAUUACCUGUACCAAAUAAAUCUAUGGAACUUCCUACAAUUGAGAAUAUUAUUGAAAAGCAAGCUGUACGUAUGAUAGUCAUCAGACGACGAAAAAUGAAGAAACAUCAGCGUAGGAAGCUUAGAAAGAAAAUGAAAUUUUAUUGGAGAAAAAUAAAACAAAGAAGAGAAUUAUUGAAGGAAAAAGCUUUCCAGGCAGAGCAAGUUACACUUAUAAAACAGGCAGAAAGUUUUGAUCCUGUAAAAUAUGUAAAUGAAAGACUUCAAGAACUGGAUAAAGAAUAUAUACCAAAAACAUACAGAGGUGAAGUAUUACCUCAAGAAAUGAUAAAGAAAUUUAUAGAAGAUAAAAAACGUAAAAAAGAAGCUAGAAACAGUAUACCUAAGUUGACUUUGUAAACAUUAAAUUGUAUUAUGAUACAAAAAAUCCUAUACAACUUAGUUUUUCAAAUUUGAAUUCAUGCUAGCAAUGCUUACCUUUAUCUUUAAAUAGAAAAUGUACAUGGAAAUAAAAUAAAGUAUCACAAGAAAUUUCGUAGAUAAA